AUGUCUGACUCGGAGAGUUCCGGCUCCUAUCUGGGCUUGGGAGACCCGCAGUGGCUGUGCAUGGUCUCGCUGUUCGUCGCAUCCCUGCUGACUCUCGGGCUGUACUUCGCCCAGUACUUCCAGCUCGGGAUCGCGGGGAAAAGGCGCAGAUCAGCGGCUGCUGAGGACGAGGACGCGGGCUCUCUGCUGGGGUGGGCGCUGUCUCUGGAAAGCUGGAAAAGCCAAUGGAAGGCAGCCUGGUGCAAGGCUUUGAAUGACGAGUCCAGCACAUAUAGUGGGGGCCCUGUUCUGUUGACCUUUGAGGAUGAUGGUGUUGAAGCAUCAGAACUCACCAUCAGCAAGGUGUCCAGCUUCCAAGAGUCGGCCAGGAACAAGGUCGCGUGCUGCAGCGUAGUCGGGGAGCAGCUCCAGUUCUCCGUGAGCGCAACAGCAUCGGCGGCAGCAGAGCCUUGUAGAUACACUGCAUGUGUAGCCCCGCUGGAGCUGCAGCUCCAGCUGCACCUGCUAAAAGCUAACGAUGAGGUCAAGGUCAGCUGGGAGGUGUCACAUCUGGACACCGAGAGGCUGAAGCUGACUCCACUCUUCACCCAGGACGUUGGCACCACCUGCAGCGCUGCAGCCAUUAAGGAGCAGCUGAGGCAGCUGCUGUGCUCCACACAGCCCUCUGUGGUUCUGAGCUGCAGGUCUGCUCGGGCCUCCGAGGUCCAGGAAGCACACAGCAAAGUGGCGUCUCCCCCAAAGCCCCCCCGCGCCCAUGACUGGAAGCUCCUUGUAAAAAACAUCCGGGUUUCUCUCCAGCAGGAGGACCAAGCUGCAGGCAGCAUGAACCCUCUGUGUGUGCUGCAGCUAGACGACCCACCUCAGAAGUUUAACACCUGCGUUCUGAAGGACACGCCCAGUCCUGCGUGGGACCAGCCCUUCAUCUUCAAAUUAAAUGGACAAUCAAAAGAGCUGAAUGUUCAGGUGAUGAAUGACGGCCAGCCUCCAGAGAGUUCCUCCCUAGGUCAGGUGUGUGUGCCCUUUGAUCUGGUGAAGAAGCAGCCUGAAGGACAGCAGACGUUUGCACUCAUGACCAAAGACAAGGUGACAGGGUCACUAACUACUGAGUUUACCUACCUGGACCCUGGUGAGGUGCGGUCCUGGCAUCCUCCAACUCCUGCUUCCAGUAAGAGGGUGGAGAUGGACCGUACCGUCAUGCCCUGUGGGACGGUGGUCACCACCGUCACUGCGGUUAAGAGCAAGCCAGGACGGCCUGUCCCACUCCUCGGCACUGAUCCAGGCCUGAAGCAGGUGGACAGCAAGCCCAAGCUGACAGAGCGGCGCGUUUCGGAGCAGGCGUCCAUGUCGGGGGUCACUGUGAGCAAAGCUCUGUCCUCCUCUGACACCGAGCUGCUUGUGCUCAACGGGACGGACCCGGUGGCUGAAGCAGCGAUCCGACAGCUCCACCAGUCUGCCAAGCAGAAGCUCAAAUCUCCUGUGAAGAAAAGCACCAUCAUCAUCUCAGGCAUCGCCAAGACACCCUUGUCUCAGGACGAUGAGCUGGCUCUGAUGGCUGGCUAUGCUGCAGCGAUGGAUGCCUCCAUGUCAGAGAGCAGCUCUACUCAAGAUGUAACCAUGGCCGUUGCAUCAGGGAUCAGUAGUCCUGAGGCGUCUGAGCCCCAGGAGGGCCCCACUGGGAUAGGCCGGCCCCCAGAGGACUGGGAGAGCCAAACGGGGGAGGAGCUAGAUCACACUUCACUCUCCAUGUGUGUGUCUGAGGCCAGCUGCAAAAAGAGCCGAGGGAGCUUCCUUCAGAAGAGCGCCAAACUCUUCUUCCGCAGGCGCCACCAGCGCAAAGAGCCGGGGAUGAGCCAGUCGCACAACGACCUGGUCUACCUGGAGUCUCCAGCUGUGGGGGAACGGGUCAGCCGGACCGCCACGCUCAGCCGGGUGCUUGGACGCAAGAGUAAGAGCAAGGCUAAUGGCUCCGCCCCCAUGUGGGAGCCACAGGCAUGAAUCCCCCCCCCCCCCCCCCACUCCCUCUCAUUCCUUCCUACCACCACCAACAUCACCUCCAGUCUGCUGCUCCCCACCCCCGCCCUGGAGCUCCUGCAUGGUGACUGAAGGCUGAGCAGAAGGAAGAAGCUCUCUGUGCUUCAAGUGAGGCGGCGCGUGGACCAUCCUGGACUGUUUCAGCAUGUUUCCUUUUCUGAAACCACGUCUUGACCCUAAGUGCUUUAGGACCCUAUCGUGGAUACGGGAGACUGCUGCUGCUGCUGCUGCUGCAGGCCGUCCUCCUUUACCUCACCCAAAGCCCUCCCAUGGUGGACCAGCACGACCAAAGAUGAAGAGCAGAGUGGGGUUUGGAUGAUUUGCACAAUUCCAGUACCUUCCUAUAAAAGCCGUGUAAUGACAGCAGCUGCUCUUGUGAUGGGCGUCUCAGAUUUCCUGUUCAUGAUGAAAAGAUCAACAGAGGGUCAGGACUGUCCCCCCAGCCCGAAGACAAAACACUAAUGGAAUAAACUAAACCUCCUUUGAAUUAUAAUA